GUCUCGAGGAUACUUUACCAUCUGUUGUGGUUUGGAGCUGUUUUGCGCCUUCGCAUCAUCAACGCGCGCGUGUUUUAUGCGCCGUAGUUUUGGGUUGAAAUAAACGCAUCCGGAUGCAUUCGAGAACAGCUUUCCUCCGUGCAGACACAGACACGAUGGAAGUGAGCGAGGGUGGCAAAGAACCGAGCGAACUGGAGGAGGAACAUCACGUCAAGCCCAGCGAAAAGGCUAAAAAGACCCUUUUAAAGAAAGGAAGUGUGAAGAAAUGUGUCACCUGCACUCAGUGUGGAAAGACUAUCAAAAAUAAACAGAGUCUUGAAAUGCACAUGAGGGUCCACACAGGAGAGAAGCCGUUCGCGUGUGAUCAGUGUGGGAAGAACUUCACGCAGAAAUCCAAUCUUACUAAACACAUGAUGAUCCACACCGGAGAGAAGAUGCAUAGAUGCGACCAGUGUGGGAAGAGCUUCAUGCAUAAAGUCAGUCUGGGGGUUCACAUGAGGGUUCACACGGGAGAGAGGCCGUUCAUGUGCGGUCAGUGUGGAAAAAGUUUUUCCAACAAACCAAGUCUUGACCUUCACAUGAGAGUGCACACCGGAGAGAAGCCGUACGUGUGCGAUCUGUGUUGGAAGAGAUUCACGCAGGCAGUACACCUUAAAAUCCACAUGAUGAGCCACACCGGAAAGAAGCCGUUCACGUGUGACAAAUGUGGGAAGAGUUUCUUGGAUUUAUCACGCCUUAACAAUCACAUAAGAGUCCACACAGGAGAAAAGCCGUUCGCGUGUCAUCAGUGUGAAAAGAGCUUCCCGCGCAAAGAGACUCUAGUGCUUCACAUGAAAAUCCACACCGGAGUGAAGCCGUUCGCAUGUGAUCAGUGUGGAAAGAGUUUCAUGGUUUCGUCAAAACUUGAAAGACACACGAGAACCCACACCGGAGUGAAGACGUUCGCGUGCGAUCAGUGCGAGAAAAGUUACAUGGAUUCAGGAGACCUUAAGGCACACAUGAAAAGACACAGCGGAGAGAAGCCGUACACGUGCGAUCAGUGCGGAAAGAGUUUCACGGAUUCACUUUACCUUAGGAGACACAUGAGACUCCACACCGGAGAAAAGCCCUUCGAAUGCGGUCAGUGUCAAAAGACCUUUCCAAUUAAACAAAGGCUUAUAGUUCACAUGAGAGUUCAUACUAAAGAGAAGCCCUACGCAUGUGACCAAUGCGGAAAAUGUUUCUCAAUCAAAGGAAGUCUCAAUGAUCACAUGAAAGUUCACACCGGAGAGAAGUCGUUCACGUGUGAUCAGUGCGAGAAGACGUACGUGAGCAAGAAAAAUCUUAAGCUUCACAUGAGGAUCCACACCGGAGAGAAGCCAUUCGCGUGCGAGCAGUGCGGGAAAACCUUUUUGUAUUCGGCAAACUUCAAGAAACACCUGACAGUUCAUUCGAAGGAGAAGCCGCACACGUGUUCCGAAUGUGGAAAGAGUUUUUCGCUGCCGCAAACUUUACGGAUUCACCAGAAAAUUCACACCGGUGUGAGAGACCACAUGUGCUUUGAGUGCGGGAAGACUUUUAUCACGGUCAGCCGUUUAAAACAGCACCAGAGAGUUCACACCGGAGAGAGACCUUACAAGUGUUCGUACUGUGACAGGACAUUCAGUCAGUCAACGAAAAUGAGAGCCCACGAAAAGACCCACAACAAAGAGAAGACGCACACGUGUGUGUGAUCGCUGGACAAAGAUGGGGAUAGAUUCAUGCAGUCGAAAAUCUAAACACUCACAACCUUUCCAUGUGUUGAUGUUCUUGUUAUCUGUGUUUUAAACAUUAAUGUAGUUUGAAUGAAUGCGUGUAGAACUACUAGAAUUAUUAGAUGUGUGCUAACAUUUAACCAAGAUGAUAUGUAGAUCAUGUUGGGUGUCCAUGAGCUGCAUUUGUGAUUUACUUCAUGUUUGUUGUGUUUUGGCAAAUCUUUUCAUAUUAGUUUUAUUCAACUCUUAGAAGUUUUCUUAGUUAAAGUCCAAUCAGCUUUCACAUGCAAAACACCAUGUUGGAAUACAAAGACGAUUAACUUUGAUCCAGAUAAGUAUAAUUGAUCAUCCUCGAUUAAAUUGAUCCCAAUUUGGGUUAUAUUUAUUAUAUGGUGGUUUUCUAAUAUAGUAUUGGGUUUUCUAAUAUAAAAGAGUACAUUUAGUUCUAGGUCUCAUGCAUUUUUCUGAUAUAAUAUGGGCUAUGGGUUGAGCACCAGGCAGCACCAUCAGGCAUCUGCAUGGUUCAAGUAUAUGUUUUACAACACAAAAGUAAACAGUAGUCUGUGCAUUACUAUAAUUUAUUGCACAAAGUCACAAACACUGGUGUGUUCAGUAUUCUCUUUGAACAGAGAUCUUUUUGGUUUGCACAGUAUGGAUUUAACCAUGAGCUUGUUGUAAUAAAAACUACAUUAAGUAAGAAAGUUUCUAGUAAAUGAGAAUAUGAUAUAUAUCUGCCUAAAGGAAAUGUACAUACUUUUCUUUUACGAACUUCAAAAGAGUUUCGCCACUAUUCAAUCCUAAUAUUGUGAGCCUGACAUAUAACUUUGGCAGGUGGAGACGGAAGAAAAUACUUUUGGCUAAAAUAUAGAGGAAUAAUGUAUACACAUGUUUACUAUUAUAAAGUCAUUUUAAGAGUUUCUUAUCUGGGGUGCCGAAUGCUUGUUGACACAAAGGACCCCCUAUGUAGGCUGGGGGAGGAAAUACAUUUGUUUCACGUUAUAUUGUCUCACUUUGCUUGCUCCGGCAAAUAAAGUUUAAACUCUUGGCAUCUGGAA